AUGACAUUUGUGGCAUAUAUCGCAGUUUCAUAUCAAGUGCUACUAAUAAAACAAUCCACUGCCGACAUCAUCAUAGACGAUUCAUUAGGAUAUGGUCGUGAUUUUGACGGCAUAGGAGGACUAAGCGGAGGAGGAGCAACAUCAAAACUGCUUGUGAAUUACCCUCAAGAGCAGCGUGACCAAAUACUGGAUUUUUUAUUUAAGCCAAAUUUUGGAGCUUCACUUCAAAUAUUGAAGGUUGAAAUUGGUGGAGAUGCUCAAAGUACAGAUGGAACCGAGGCAUCACAUAUGCACAAUAGCUGGGAAGAAAACUAUGCAAGAGGUUAUGAGUGGUGGUUAAUGGUUGAAGCAAAAAAGAGAAACCCAAAUAUCAAACUGUAUGCUCUACCAUGGGGCUUCCCAGGUUGGAUUGGUCAAGGAACAAGAUCUCCUUAUGCAAAUCCUGGUGUCCUAGCUGAUUACAUUGUGAGGUGGAUUAAUGGCGCUAGAGUUCAUUACAAUCUGACAAUUGAUUACAUAGGGAUCUGGAAUGAGAAGCAGUACGACAUAACAUACAUUAAGUCUUUGAGGAGUGUUCUGGACCAGAGAGGUUUUCAGGAUGUUUUGAUUAUAGCAGCAGACGAGAAGUGGGAAAUUUCUGCAGAUAUCAAGAAAGACACAGACUUGGCAAAGAUAGUCCAUGCUGUUGGGUGUCACUAUCCUGGUACGUUGUCUUCAAAUGAUGCAGUCAGCACAGGAAAGAAACUCUGGGCCUCUGAAGAUUACAGCACAUUUAAUGAUGAAAUUGGAGCUGGCUGUUGGGCUCGGAUUCUGAACCAAAACUAUGUGAAUGGCCUUAUGACAUCUACCAUAUCGUGGAAUCUAAUUGCCAGCUAUUAUGAAGAUCUUCCCUACUACAGGGAUGGCUUGAUGACUGCGGUUCAACCCUGGAGUGGAAAUUAUGUUGUUCAGAGUCCUAUAUGGGUUACAGCUCAUACAACCCAGUUCACUUCAAUUGGCUGGAAAUAUCUCACCCACGGCAACGGUGUGGGCAAGUUACCAAAAGGUGGAUCAUAUGUUGCCUUAGUCAGCCCUGCAGGAAGUGACCUUACAGUUGUCAUAGAGACAAUGACACAUGACCAUUCUAUUUGCAUUAGGCCAGCACUGCCUAAAUAUACGGUUAAAGCUCAGAAUGUAACCAUCACACUCAAAAACCAUUUUGUGAACAUUACUCAUAUGAAUGUUUGGUUCAGCAAACUAAGUUUCAAUGGAACUCCAAGCACAGUGUUUAUCAAGCAGAAUCCACUAGUGUUUGUAAGUGGGCAAGCGAAUUUGAGCUUAGGAUUGGAUGAAAUGAUAACCCUGACCACUUUGUCUGAAGGAGUGAAAGGAUCAUAUCCUCCACCUCCCUCUUCCAAACCAUUUCCUCUUCCUUACAAGGAUAACUUUGAAGGAUAUUCAUUGUCUGAAGAACCAUUCAUGCUGGCACCACAGAUCGGUACUUUAGAAGUCGUUAAGUCUCAAAACACAUCACAUGGCCAGGUUGUCCGUCAGAUGGUUCUACAUGCUCCUCUAAAAUGGUGUCCUAUCACCCUUAGUUUUCCUUAUGCUGUUAUUGGUGAUCACAAUUGGAGAAAUUUGUUCAUAGAAAUUGACUUUGAAAUUCCGGAUGUGAAUGCUACAGAUGGUGUAUUUGUUGCUGCUAGAGUUAAUGAGGGAGGCUGCGAAGCAUUUAUAGCCCAUGGAAUUUACUUUUUUGCAUUUCCGGAUGCCCGUUACAUUGUUGCCAAUGAUUUAGCGAGAACUAAAGUGCUUAGCCAAGGAUCUCUACCUUAUGGUAAAGGAUGGCAUACACUUUCACUGCUUGUUCAGGAACAAAAAGCUGUUGGCGCUUAUGACAAAAAAGGCCUCUUCAGUAUUGAUAUACCCACUAUUCCACAGAGUGGAUUUGGUGCAGUUGGAACAGAUAAUUUUGGCCUAGCUGAUUUUGACAAUUUGUACAUUGCUACGCAUGAAGAGGGACGAGCUAAGAUGAAAAAUUAUUUUAGACACCAUGUGUCUCAAUCACUUUAUUUUAUCCAUGAGCAGAAUUAG